UUUCGAGCUCUCCAACAACAAUGUUCUGCGCACGCCCACGCGCGCUACAGCGCGGGCUGUGCCACCUGCGCCAACUGCACGCCACGGCGCGACCAAAUGCGCAGCGCCCGCUCCGCGUUCUUGGGCUCGAGUCGAGCGCGGACGACGCGUGCGCCGCCGUUGUGACUUCCGACCGGCGGAUCCUCUCGUCUGCUGUGUGCAAGCAGCACGACAUAAACCGGCAGUGGGGCGGGAUCCACCCCAUUGCCGCGCACGAAGCGCAUCUGCGCGAUAUGCCGAAAGCCAUCGCGCAAGCACUAGCCCAAGCCCAGCUCGGCCUCACGGACAUCGACGCGGUCGCAUAUACUCGCGGACCUGGGAUGUUCGGCUGUCUAUCCGUGUGCACGACGGCUGCACGCGCACUCGCCGCGGCGAGCGGUAAGCCCCUGGCCGGCGUGCACCACAUGCAGGCGCACGCGCUCACCGCGCUCCUGACGGAACCGGAGCCGCCACAGUUCCCGUUCCUCACGCUCCUCGUGAGCGGCGGACAUACGCAGCUCGUGCUCGCCGAGAGUAUGGACAAGUACCGCAUCGCCAUGACGACGACGGACAAUGCUGUUGGCGACGUUUUCGACAAAGUUGCGCGCCUGCUCCGCCUGCCCCCCUCGCCGACGGGCGGCUUGGGUCCCGUGCUGGAGGAGUAUGCCGCGCGGCCGCCGCUCCCGCCCUACGAUGCGGCGCCGUUGCGCCUCCCGCCCCCGCUGGCGGGCCGGAACAAAGACGUGCUUGCGUUCUCGUUUUCGGGCCUACUCAGCGCCACGGAGCGGCUGGCGAAGAAGGAGGUAGGGGACGGCGAAGGCGAGGGCGAGGUGUCUGAGGCCGUGCAGCGCGCCGUGUCGCGCGCAUUCCAGGCCGCCGCCGUGAAACACCUUGCAGACAAGGUGCGGCUCGCGAUCGACUCGCUCGGAAUCCCCGUCAAAGGGCUCGUCGUGAGCGGUGGUGUCGGCAGUAACAAGUACCUUCGGGAGCAGCUCAAAUCCAUGUGCGACGGCAUCUCCACUGGGCCAGUGCCGACAUACUACCCCCCGAUAUCUCUCUGCACGGACAACGCUGCGAUGAUCGCGUGGACGGCCAUCCUCCGCCUCCAAGACGGACUGGUUGGCGAGCCGUUCGACCUGCCUAUCCGCAAGAAAUGGUCACUCGAGGACCUGUAUGACGACGUUCCUGCAUCGUGCUAUCGCUCAUAACCACCUGACGCGCAUUCCACCACUCCCGCGCAUCACGCAUCACCUCUCAUCAGCAUCACCAUAACACUACCCUCUUAACAGCAUCACCAUAACACCACCUCUCCAUCAUUGCAUUCACAACUUGAUCGCUCCACCCUUUAGUAGUGGCAUUUUUGUGUGACGUCGUCAGAGUGUCGAAUUGGGAGAGGGAAAUGAUUUUUGCCACCUGGAUUU